AUGAUGGAGGCGGCCGCGGCGACGAUGCUGGAGGCCGGAGUGGGGCGGUUCCGGGGGCCGAGCCUCGCGGCGCUGCUUGCGGAGAUGUGGGCGCCGCUGGCCGUGGCGCUGGCGGCGCUCGCGACGCUGCCCAGCCUGCUCGGCAGGCUGCAGGUGCUCAUCCUCCGCCUCCGCUCCCGCGGGAAGGAGGUCAUCUCCUCGCACAUCUCCACCUACUACUCCUCCGGCGACGACGAGUCGGACUCCGACGGCGAGGGCGAGGACGAGGACGAGAGCUCCGAUGAGGCGGCCACCAGCUCGUCCGGCGAGGAGGAGGAGGCCGUGAGGAGGAUCGGGUACUUCGAGGGCGCCGCCGACGGCCUCGACGGCUGCUUCCCGUGGGGCGGCGCCGUCGUGCGGACGUGGCAGGACCUGCCGCGGCGGUUCUCCGCCGUCGGCUGCGGGGGAGGAGCCAGGUUCCCUUCCGGAGGGCGUGUCCAGGCGGUGAGGCUGUGGGGCGCCAGCACGGCGAGCGGGGAGGGAAGUGGCCAGGCGUGGUGGGACGCCGAUGACAGCGGCCGUGGGGCGGCCGCAGAGGCGGCGCCGGUGGUCCUCGGGUGGCGGCGCGAGCACGCGAUGCGGAGGCGGCAGCGGCCCCUCCGCAUCCUGCCCUCGGAGCAGUAA